AUGUUUAAAAAUUUAAAAGAAAAAUUAGCAAAUCAAGUUACUAAAACAAAUCAAACUCUGUUACCGGGCAUUUCAUCAUCAGAUUCAGCGUCUAUAGCAAGAGAUUCUGAUACUCGAACGUCUUCCAUUACUAGUCGAGAUGAAAAUUCUGAAAACAAUCGUUCUCGAUUAGAUUCAGCUUCAAGUGAUAUCAGUCAAUUCAGUAUUGGUCAGAGUCCUAACGCUAGUAUAACUUAUGUAUCACCACAACGUAUUCAUAUGCUACCAUCAGAUAUUGAAUCUGAAUAUGGUGGUGAUGGUGGUGAUGAAAGUGAUCAUGAAAGCAAUACUAAAAUGAUAAAAAUGCAAAAAUUACUUUCUAUUUAUAAGAAUAAAUUUAAUCAAUUAAAAAAUGCUUAUGAUGAAGUUGAACGAGAAAAAGAACAUAUUAAAAAUAUUUUACAAAAGCAUCAAGAUACAUCAAUAAAACGACUUUCAGAAUUACGAGAACAGAUUAAACUUGAUCGACAAGCUAAAGAACAACUUGAAUGUUUGCAUCAAAAAGAAAUAAGAAAACGAGAAAAUAGAAUUGAAGAACUUACAUUAAAACUUACUGCACAACAAGAUCUCAUUCAAUUACCUAAUGAAACAGAUCAUGAAGAAAUGCAAACACUUCGUGAAAAGAAUUCCAAACUUGAAGCGUUACUUAAUCAACGUAACGAUGUUAUAAAAACUCAUCAAGACAAACAAGUUGAAUUAGUAAAACAAUGUGAUGAUCUUUUUCAAAAAUUAAAUGAAAAACAAUCUGUCAUUGAUUCUAUGAUGAAAGAUCGUCAUCCAGACGGAAUAUCAGCAACAUCAAUGGAAGUUCAAGAACAUUUCGAUUCAGAUAUAAGUGUUUUAUUACAAGAUAAACAACGCUUACAAGAAAAAUUAGAAUCAUCAAAUCUUUGUGUUCGACAACUUGAACAUGAACUUGAUACAAUAAAACAAAAAAUUAAAAUCGAUGAAGAUAUUAAACAAAAAUAUGAUAAUUUAUUAAUUAAAUUUAAUGAAAAAUCAGAUUAUAUUGAACAAUUAAUUAAUGAUAAAACAAGACUUGAAAUAACAAAUGAAGAAUUUCAAAAACAAAUUCAAACAUUUCAACAAGAUAUAAAUCAAUAUGCAGAUGUUAAUCUUAUUUUAUCAAAUCAAAAAAUGAAUAUUUCAGACUUAACUGAAGAAUUAGAUCAUUUACGAGAAAAAAUAAAAGAUAUUGAAAAUAUUCUUCCAUCUAAUGAAUCAACAGAUUUAUUUGAAAGGAUUCAACAGCUAAUUAAUGAUCGUCAAACUGUUUCUCAAGAAAUUUAUUACGAACAAUAUUUGAAAACUAAUGAUCAUCUUAAAAAUGAAUAUGAAAAUCAAAUUAAUCAAUUACAACAAACAAAACAACAAGUUUUAGAUGACGAAGUUAAUCAACUUAGAACUUCUCUCACAAAAUUACAACAAGAAUAUGAUGAAUCUUUUAUUAAUUGUGCUCAAUUAAAACAAACACUUGAAAAUCAACGGCAAGAACAUUUAGAGCAAACUGCAACACUUAUCAAUGAAAAACAAAAUGAAUUUGAUAUCAAUAUCCAACAAUUACGAGAAGAAAAUAAUCAUCUUAAAUCUCAAAUUCACGAAAUUGAAACAUUAAAAAAUUCAUCAUUUCAAACUAUACAAGAUGAACAUCGAAAAUCUAUUGAAAAUCUAAACGCACAAAUUGAUCAACAACAAAUAGAAAUCAAUCAACUAAAACUACAAUUAAAUCAAUACGAAAAUGAAUCUAAACAAAAAACUAUUCAUAUUGAACAACUAGAAAAUGAUUUCGAAAAUCUCAAAUCAACACAAAAUGAAUUAACUAAAUUACAAGAAGAAUUUAAUCUUAUAACCAAACAAUUACAAGAUAAUAUACAACAACUUGAAGAAAAACAAAAUGAAAUCAUACAACUUAAUUCUACUAUGAAUGAUAUCAAAGCAAUAAACGCAACCAUCAUCCAAGAAAGUGAACAGAUUAAAAAACAAUUUGAAGAUACACAAAAUGAAGUUAAUCAACUGACUACUACUAUAAACCAACGACAAGAAACUAAUCUAACAUUAAAUAGUAAAUGUGAACAAUAUGAGAAAUUAAUUGAAGAUAAACAAAAUGAAAUUGAUCGUCUUACUCUGAUUACAGAUCAAAUGAAAGAAAAAAAUUCUAAAACAACUGAAGACUUUGAACAAAUCAGAAAACAAUUCGACGAUAAACAAAAUGAAGUCAAUCGUCUUAUGACUGUUAUCAAUGAAAUAAAAGCAAUCAAUAUCGAACUGAAUAAUAAAUAUAAACAUAUUGAAAACGAACUUCAUGAAAAACAAAAUGAAAUUAAUAAUCUUCAAUCUACAACUAAUGAAUUAAAACAAACUAAUACAACAACUAAUAAAGACUAUGAACAAAUUCAAAGUCAACUUAAUGAAAAAGAAAAUAAAAUUACUCGUCUUAGUACAAUCAUUGAUGAAUUCAAGGCUAGAUAUAAAUUAAACAUAGAACAACAUACACAAAUUAAAAAAGAAUUUGAAGAUAAACAAAAUGAAGUUCUUCAUUUAACGAAUCUUAUUGAUGAAAUGAAAGCAACGAAUGUCAAAACUAAUGCACAAUUCGACAAUGAACUUAAAGAUAAAGAAAAUACAAUUACUCAACUUACAACAACUAUUAAUCAAUUACAAGAAACUAAUCUUACAUUAAAUGAUAAAUGUCAACAAUAUGAAAAACUUCUUGAAGAUAAACAAAAUCAAAUUGAUCAUUUCACUAGCAUUACUGAUGAAAUGAAAGAGAAAAAUUCAACAAUAACCGAAGACUUUGAACAAGUUAAAAAAGAGUUUGAAGAUAAACAAAAUGAAAUUAAUCAUCUUACAACUGUUAUCAGUGAAAUGAAAGUAACGAGUGUCGAACUCAAUAAACAAUUUGAUAAUGAUCUUAAAGAUAAAGAAAAUAUAAUUAAUCAAUUUACAACAACUAUUAAUCAAUUGGAAGAAACUAAUCUUACAUUAAAUAAUAAAUGUCAACAAUAUGAAAAACUCUUUGAAGAUAAACAAAAUGAAUUUAAUCAGUUAACUAUAUUAAAUGAUGAAAUAAAAACUAAACAUUCAAUAAUUAUGGACGAAUAUAAAGAAGUUAACAAGCAACUUGACGACAAACAGAUUACAAUUACUCAACUUACAACAACUAUUAAUCAAUUACAAGAAGCUAAUUUAACGCUAAAUAAUAAAUGUCAACAAUAUGAAAAACUCCUUGAAGAUAAACAAAAUCAAAUUGAUCAUUCCACUAGAAUUACUGAUGAAAUGAAAGAGAAAAAUUCAACAAUAACCGAAGACUUUGAGCAAGUUAAAAAAGAGUUUGAAGAUAAACAAAAUGAAAUUAAUCAUCUUACAACUGUUAUCAAUGAAAUGAAAGUAACGAGUGUCGAACUCAAUAACCAAUUUGAUAAUGAUCUUAAAGAUAAAGAAAAUACAAUUAAUCAAUUUAGAACAACUAUUAAUCAAUUACAAGAAACUAAUCUUACAUUAAAUAAUAAAUGUCAACAAUAUGCAAAACUUCUUGAAGAUAAACAAAAUGAAUUUAAUCAGUUAACUAUAUUAAAUGAUGAAAUAAAAACUAAAAAUUCAAUAAUUAUGGACGAAUAUAAAGAAAUUAACAAGCAACUUGACGACAAACAGAUUACUAUUACUCAACUUACAACAACUAUUAAUGAAUUACAAGAAGCUAAUUUAACGCUAAAUAAUAAAUGUCAACAAUAUGAAAAACUCCUUGAAGAUAAACAAAAUCAAAUUAAUCAUUUCACUAGAAUUACUGAUGAAAUGAAAGAGAAAAAUUCAAAAGUAACUGAAGACUUUGAACAAGUUAAAAAACAGCUUGAAGAUAAACAAAAUGAAGUUAUUCGUCUUACGACUGUGGUCGAUGAAAUAAAAGCAGCAAAUGUCGAACUCAAAAAACAGAUUGAAAAUGAGCUCGAGAAUAAACAUCAUGAAAUUGUUAAACUCAAUGCGACAAUUAAUGAAACAAAUACAAAAACCAAUGAAGAACAACAGCUAAUUAAAAAUCUGCUUCAUGAUAAACAAAAUGAAAUUAAUCAACUAAAUACUACUAUAAAUCAACUACAAGAAUCUAAUCUGAUGUCAAAUAAUAAAUGUGAACAAUUUGAAAAACUAAUUGAAGAUAAACAAAAUCAAAUUGAUCAUUUCACUAGCAUUACUAAUGAAAUAAAAGAAAACAAUUCAAAAAUAAAUGAAAAUCUUGAACAAAGUAAAAAACAGCUUGAAGAUAAACAAAAUGAAAUUAAUCAUCUUACAACUGUUAUCAAUGAAAUGAAAGUAACGAAUGUCGAACUCAAUAAACAAUUCGAUAAUGACCUUAAAGAUAAAGAAAAUACAAUUAAUCAAUUUACAACAACUAUUAAUCAAUUGCAAGAAACUAAUCUUACAUUAAAUAAUAAAUGUCAACAAUAUGAAAAACUCUUUGAAGAUAAACAAAAUGAAUUUAAUCAGUUAACUAUAUUAAAUGAUGAAAUAAAAACUAAAAAUUCAACACUUAUUAACGAACAUGAACAAGUUCAAGGGCAACUUAAAGAAAGUGAAAACAAAAUAAUUGGACUUAAACAAACAAUAGAUAAUAUGAAUAUAAACUAUUCAAAAAUCAUCAACGAACAUGAACAAGUUAACAAACAACUCGAAGAAAAGCAAAAAGAAAUUGUUCAACUUACUGCUAUUAUAAGCCAAUUAAAAGAAACUAAUCUAACAAUUGAUGAGAAAUAUGAACAUAUAAAAAAAGAACUUGACGAAAAACAAAAUGAAAUCAUUCAACUAAAAAAUAAUCUUGAUGAAAUUAAAAGAACAAAUGUAACAAUGUCGGAUCAAUGUGAAGAAUUAAAACAAACUAUUGAAGCAUUCGAAGAAUCACAAAUUACUGAUCGACAAUUACUAGAACAGACAAAAAUAGAGAUCGAAACGCUCAAACAAAAUCUUGUCGAUGAACAAUCCAAUUGCAAUUCUUUAAAACAGGCACAACAAUCAUGUAUCGAACGAUUAACGAUAGAGCAUCAACAAAUACUUGAAAAUUUAAAAUCUGAAUAUCUUUCAAGGAUUCAUGAAAAAAGUGAAGAAAUUGAUUCUCAUCAAGAUACGAUUGAAAAUUUACGAAAAGAACUUCAUGAAUAUGAAAAAAAAUUUUUACAACAAAAUUCUGAACUUGAUCAUUUACUUGAUGAACAAAAUCAUCAAUCACAAAUAAUAAUACGUUUGAAAAAUAUACUCGGUGUUAAUACAACUAAUCAUGAUGAACUUCUUGAACAUUUUGUACAUAAAAUGGAACAAUAUCAAUUAUUAAUAACUGAAUCUGAACGUUUAAAUAAUGAUUUAAUUAAACAAAAAUCUGAACAAAUAAAUAUUCAUAAUGAAUUACAACAAUUAGAACAACAAUAUGAUGAUAUUAAAGAUGAAUUAAAUAAAACAAAACAAGAAUUAAUAACCAAUAAAAAUAAAUAUGAAAAUCAACUAAAUCAAGUAAAUGAAUCCUAUGAACAAUUACAAAAAAAUAAACAUUCAGUUGAUAUUCAACUUGAAAAUAUUCAACGUCAAUUUAUUGAUAAAACUAAACAAUAUGAACAACUUGAAAUAAAAUUAAAUAAGUCAUUAAUUGAAAAAGAUGAACAAAUAUCUCAGUGUCAAGAAAAUUUUAAUCAACAAGAAAUUCUUAAUAAUGAACUUCGUCGUGAAUUAAAUGACUUAAAUGAUGAAUUAAAAUCUAAAACAAAUGAAAUUUCUUCAUUACAAACAAAUCUUAAUAAAAUUCAACAAACAUUACAAACAAAAAUUAAUGAUAUUGAACAACUUUCCCAAGAAAGAAUUUCUUUAACAGAAAAUAAUAAUCAAAAAGAACAACUUUUAUUCGAACAAAAACAAUUAACUGAAGUACAUACAGCAUUAGAAGAAAAAUUUAAUAACCUUUUAUCAGAAAAAGCUGGAUUAGAAAAUCAAUUAGAUACAAUUAGAGUACAAAUGCAAACAACAGAAACAACUAUGAAUAAAAGAAAACAAGAAAAUUUGAAUAAACUUGAACAAGCUGAAAAGAAAAUUAAAGAACUUCAGACUGAAGGGGAUUCUGUUCGAUCAGAAAUCGAAACAUUACGUAAUCAAAUUGAUUCAUUAAGAAAUACUAAUGAAGAAAAUAUUCGUCGUAUAACUGAAUUCGAUUCUCAAAAAUUAGUUUUGGAACAAGAAUAUAUUGAAAAAGAUCAACAAUUAACAGAACGUGAGGAAAAAAUUCAAGAACUUCAACUAACUCUUAAACAAACUCAAGAAAGUGGAACAAAAUUACGUAAAGCAUUACAUAAAAUGAAAGAAACUAUAACUAAUAAUGAACAAACACAUAAUCAAGAAUUAGAAAUUCGUUUACGUAUACUUACUGAAGAAUAUGAACAGAAAUUAAAAGAACAAGAAGCAGAAUAUAGUGCAAAAUUAAAAUCUAUUACUAAAGAAAUAAACUCACAAAUGGAAGAAAAAGAAAAACAAUUCAAUCUACAACUUCAAGAAUUAAUUGAUAAAAGUUAUCAAAAUGAAAAUAAUAUAAAACAAAAAAUUAUCGAAGCUGAACAACGAGCAUCAAUCACUGAAGAACAAUUAAAAGAAAAACAAACAGAAACUUAUCGUAUUCAUGAACUUGAAAAUCAAAUACAUGAUCUUCAAACAAUGCUAGAAAGUUUAAACAAUAGAGAAAACAUUCCCAUUCAAACAAGUGAUCAUGCUGCUCAAACCAAUAUCGAAGAUUCAAAAUCAAAUGCUUCUCAAACGAAUGCAAAUAAUACUUUGCAUUCAUGUAUAGUCGAACCAACUGAAAUUGAUUAUUUAAAACAGAUUGUUUUUGCUUAUAUGACAGGAACUGAUCGAAUGACUAUGGUGAAAGUCAUUUGUGCACUUCUUCGUUAUACUGAUGAUGAAAAAUCAUUAAUCAUUGAUCAUGAAAAAAAAAGUCAGAAUCGUUGGUUAAAUUCAUCAAGAUAA